AUGGGGCCCAAUCGCGUCAGCCGCACACAAAUGAGCAACACUGAGGGCAGACAACAGAAGAAGCCCUACAGUAGACCAGCAACAUCCUCACAGAAACUAAGGUGUUAUAAAUGUGGAAGAGAGCACCUUAGGAGAGACUGCACUAGACCAGCUAGUAGUGGGGGCAGUAGCAUGAGCACUCGCAAGUGCUAUGCUUGUGACCAUCCAAGACAUUUUUCCAACAAAUGUCCUAAUAAGAAGACCACACCAGGAGCACAGUCUCAGCCACCUUCGUCUGAUAGGCCGAGAGCAGUAGGUCGGGUUUCUGCCAUGACCACCACUAAGGCCUCCCGGUCAGGUAAUCUUAUCUUGGACUACUGGUUGUUAUUUGAUAACAGUGUUUUGGUGCUUUUUGAUUCAUUUGCUUCGCACUCCUUUAUAUCUCAUGAUUGUGUGAAGAGACUGGGACUGUCUACUCGUGAUCUGGGAUGCGAGUUGAUAGUUUUGACACCAACGUUUGGACAAGUUUCAACUAAUUCAGCCUAUGUUGGAUGUUUGAUGGAGGUAGAGGAUAGACGCUUCAAGGUGAACCUCGUUUGCUUGCCCUUGAAGGGAUUAGAAGUUAUACUGGGAAUGGACUGA